CACUUUACUGUGUACCAUCCGGCCGCACGUCAAGAUAAGUGUCCAACAGCUGCUGAGACUGAAACGCAAAAGAACGGAACCGCGUUUCAGACUUGUUAUUUACGCCAGUGCACAGGCGUCAUUCUCUAAGCUAAGAUGGCACUCCAUAGUCUUCGAGACCUUCAUUUCACUAUUCCUCUAUGGGAAAGCAACUGGUCAAUGGCCACACUUUGCUUGACAGUCAUGACUGUUGUGCUUUUGACGUUGAGGUUCUUCAUAGUGACGCCCACAAAGCGACAAGAAAAGAGACUGCCUCCAGGCCCAAGAGGGGUCCCCAUACUCGGCUACCUGCCUUUCAUACGGAAGCCAUUACACGCCGCCUUCAAGGAUUUGAGUAAACAGUAUGGCCCCAUUAUAAGGCUUCGGCUUGGAUGCAGGGAAGUCGUGGUACUGAAUGACCUCAAAUCUAUCACAGAGGGGCUCUCAAACCCAGAUGUGCUAUACCGGCCUGAUGAUUCCCUUUUCGGCUAUCUCGGAAUAAAAGGCAUUACAUCUCUAAACGGAGAACCAUGGCAACAGAACCGAAGAUACUGCUUUCAUGUUUUAAGAAAUCUAGGAUACGCAAAAAAAUCAAUGGAGACACAUAUUCAAGAAGAAGUGCAGUGCUUUGUGGAUCUCCUGGCAUCGAGGAAAGGACAGCCUAUGCUACUCGCUCAGAAGCUGGCGGCCAGCGUAGCCAACAACAUCUCUGCGUUGGUGUUCGGACAGCGAUACGACCUCGAAGAUCCCAAAGGUCGCCAUAUCGAAGGACUGAUGAGCAAAUUCCUGCGCCACGGUAGCGUGCUGUCGGUCCUAGACUUCCUUCCAGCAGUCCGCUCUGUCUGCAACUACAUCCCGAACACAAACCUCUACAUCAUAAACGACGUUAUGAAGAAGAUGACUCAAGUUAUCAGGAUGGAAGUGAAGAAGCGAGAACAGAACAUGGAAGAUUAUUUUGAAAAAGAUUUUAUCGACGGGUACAUGAGGAAGAUAGAAGAAAACAAGGGCGUCAAUUCCCAUUUUAGUCUGCGCUGCUUGGAAGGAAGUGCAAUCAACCUGUACGGUGCGGCCACUAACACCGUGCGGACCGCCAUUCUGUGGAACUUGUAUAUCGCCGCCAGUGAUCCGAACGGCACGCAGGCGCGCAUCCAACGUGAGAUCGACGCCGUGAUUGGCCGCGAGAGGGCACCCGAAUGGGAGGACAGGCGUCACCUGCCUUACACUAUGGCAUCUGUGCUGGAGACGCUACGCUGGAGGACCACGGCGCCAAUCGGCAUACACAGGGCCACCAUGUGUGACACCGACAUCUGUGGGUACCGUGUCCCAUCCGGCACCUUCGUGAUAGCCAACCUGUGGAGUCUGCACAAUGACACCGCCCAUUGGUGCAACCCGUCUCAAUACGACCCCACACGAUUCCUGAACGCUGAUGGCACAAAGCUUGCUGAAAAGCCGCUAGCAUUUCUCCCUUUCAGCUUUGGAAGGCGUGCUUGCCCAGGUGAGGCCCUGGGUCUGCUGGAAGUGUUUUUGUACGUCGCCACGUUGUUUCAAAGGUUUCGGGUGCUUCCAGAAGAUGGCACAACCAUCUCCUCGACCCAAGGAGUGGUUUUAUGUCAGUGGCCAAUGACUUGCAAAGACUGCGCUUCGUACUACGAUGAGCGGGCCAUGCUCUCGGCUACAUGCACAACUUUUCUGGUGUCUAGAGGACGUUUCAUAGAGAGGAAAGCAGCAGUACGCUUCGGAGGUCUUUCCUAUUCGGCAUUCGUGGACAUGAACGUUGGGAGCCUACAGAGCUUACUUUCAUAUAUGUUCGAAUGGCGAUCUUUCUGGACGGUGUUUACUACUUGGCUUACUAUCAUCGUCGCUGCUAUUCUGAUGGUUAAGAGCUUUCGUAGAAAGAGCGGAGGGCAGAAGAACAAACUUACGGCGCCUGGCCCUUGGGGAGUGCCUAUUCUUGGCUAUCUUCCAUUCCUCCGAAAACCCUACCACACAACCUUCAGGGAACUAAGCAAACAGUACGGACCCAUAAUAAAGUUUCGCCUUGGCUGCAAGGACGUGCUGGUACUCAACGAUCUCGCAUCCAUUAGGGAGGGACUGUCAAAUUCAGACGUGCUAUAUCGGCCCAGCGAUUUUGUAUUUCGCCACCUUGGAAUAGAAGGUAUCGCAUCUAUUAACGGAGAACCAUGGCAAGUGAACAGGAGGUACUGCUUUCACGUGUUGAGAAACCUCGGUUUUGCAAGGAAGUCUAUGGAGAAGCAUAUCCAAGAAGAGGUGCAGUGCUUUAUGGCUGUGCUUGCAUCAGGCAAGAAGCAGCCCAUGUUGGUGGCCCAUCCGCUUGCUUCCAGCGUGGCUAACAACAUCUCAGCUCUGGUUUUCGGUGAACGCUACGAGCUGGGCGAUCCAAAGGGUCGCUACGUCGAGGGAAUGCUGAGCAAGUUGCUUCGCGAAGCACACUUCUUCUCCCCCACGGAUUUUAUACCUGCCCUUCGCUUUGUGGCUACGCGGCUGCCAAACACGCAGUUGUACGCAAUGAAAUCUGUCCUGCAAGAACUGACGCAAUUCAUCAGGAAAGAAGUGCAAGAACGCGGAGCAGCUAAGGCGGAACAUAUGGACAAGGAUUUCAUAGAUGGGUACUUGAGGAAGAUAGAAGAAAACAAAGGGAAAGAUUCUCACUUUACUCUGUCAACGCUCGUGGGCAGUACAGUGAACUUCUACAGCGCAGCUACGAACACUGUGCGAAGCGCUGUCUUGUGGAACCUGUACAUAGCGGCCAGCGACCCUGACGGUCAGCAAGUACGCGUGCAGCGCGAAAUCGACUCCGCAAUUGGACGCAAGACGGCGCCCACCUGGGAGGACAGACGUCGCACACCGUUCACCAUGGCGUGCAUUCUGGAGGCGCUCCGCUGGAGGACCACGGCGCCUCUCGGCCUGCAGAGGGCUGCAGGCCGUGACACGGAAAUAUGCGGGUACCACGUUCCUGCCGGCACAAUGGUUGUUGCAAAUUUAUGGAGCCUUCACAACGACCCUGUCGAAUGGCGGGAGCCGUUCAAGUAUGAUCCCACGCGAUUCCUGAAUGCUGACGGCACCGAGAUGGGCGAAAAGCCGGCGGCGUUUCUUCCUUUUGGAACGGGAAGGCGACAGUGCCCGGGGGAAACGUUGGCCCUGAUGGAGGUUUUCCUGUACGUGGCUACAACGCUUCAGAGAUUCAGGGUUCUUCCCGAAGAAGGCAAAACCAUCUCCCUCGCUACCGCGCCCGCGGUGAUUGCUGUCGCGAAUGAGAUGCAAGGAUUGCGUUUCAUACCGCGAUAGGGAACAGCGAGUGACUAUUACUCAUUGAUUUGAGAGUUUAAUGUGCUCUUAUGGACAAAUAUAGACCAAACUAAAGGAAGUUGUUCAGAUAUGGCGUGCACUAGAUGUAAAUUAAGCAAGACAUGCGGAUAUAUUUGCUACAAAAAUUGAGUCAAUGCAAACCAAGCAACAGAGAAAGACAGUUUACAAGGAAGUCAAGCGUCAAAGUUGAUUGACAAAAACGGAGCCAAGCACAUUAUACAGCUCCGCGACUUCAAUGGUGUUGGAUCAGUACAAUUUAAUAAUUUUCUGCACAACAACUUGCAAAAGAAGAAAAAUUAUGUGAAAAGGAUAGCUUACGACGUGGUUAGAUAAGUCAUGUCAGAAAGUGUAACCCGGUGAUGAGAUGCCACUUGUUUCAGUGUGAUGAUACGAAGAAAGAGAAGCAUGCAUGUAGGGGUGUGCGAAUUUUCAAAACUCUCGAAUAAUGAAUGAAAUGUUGCCUUAUGCAAUUCGAUCUUUGAAUAAAAAAGUCACUAUUGGUAAAUAGGAAUAUUUUUUAGCAGUUUUCGAAUGCUUUAGAGAAGUCAACUGUGCACAAUCAAACAUGAAAUUUGAGCAAUAUUGCCAUAAAUUUGAUCCCUAUGGCCAUAGUAGGCAUACAAAAAUUAGAAGUUUUAUAUGGAGUAAGUACAAAAAAAAUGACAAGUUACGAGCAGGGUACAGGUCCCUUACGGAGCUAUAGAAUUUAUACACAAUGAUCAUUCGCACUCGCCGAAAGGUCCCGGGUAUGCGAAAUAACUAGAUAUUGUUCCUAAUAAUUUAUGCUUUAAUAAGCAAGGCUUCAUAACGUGCAGUGUAAUGGCCGAAAGCUGGUAACGUUAAUAACACUAGGAUGUGAGCAUUGUUUCAUAUUAAUGGUGACGACUGCUGUUCAGUACUCGAAACUGUUCAAAAACUAUUCGAAAAGUUUUCGAUAUUUGAUUCGAUUAGUUUCUGUCACUCUUCGGUUCAUAUCGAAAGCGACGGUAUGACGACGACGAUGCCCACGAGUAUUCCGAAAAGAAAGCAUUGCUAUAAAAAAAAAAAAG